GUUGCAUCRCCAAAGGAAGACCACACUGACCMAAUGAAAAAUGACAAGACCUCAGCUAUGCCAACAAGCCCRCAAACCUCCAAAUCCCAAAACACUAGUKCUCAUAAUGAAGARACUCUAACCCAUUCUCCCAAAACUGAUGUUACUAAAUUGCAAGAUUCGCAGCCAACUAAACUGGUGUGUGAAYCCAGUAUUGAGCAAGCCAAAAUUGAUGAAAAACAAAAYAUGGACCAGUCCACCAGCAGAAAGGGAGAAACCARUGUUAAAGAGUUGGAAAGUGACAAACAUACAGUUCUUCAAGACAAAACAAGUGAAAAUUCYRAARAUGAUACAACUAGUAAGCAAGCUUCUGUCAUUGCUGGAGUGGAUGAAGACAUGGAUUAUGAAUUUCUGAUGGAGUGCACAGAUUCGCAGCUUAUUAGUGAAGAUGUUAUAGAGGAACAGUCUAUUGCCUGUGACAAUGACGUAAAAAAUUCUAGAACUCAAGCAAAAGAGUUAACCUCUGGCAAACAAGACAAAGCAACUACAAUGUCUGACUUUGAUACUGAAGAUGGCUCUUUGCUUAUAAAUGAAUUGAUGAGAGAAGUUGCCUCUCUGAAAAAUUUCCUCAAAAAAACUUAUGAGCAGUUCGAACAGAUGAAGAAAAGUUAUUGAUUCAAACUCC